CGGCAUAUUACAUAAUGCAGUAGUGGCAUUGAGUUACACAUACUUUUACUUACACACAAAGCACUAUUUAAAGGCAGAUAGUUAGAAGCAGCCUAACAGAACAUGGCAGCAGUAAAAGCGUGCAAAAUCUUGAUCACCGGAGCCAACCGGGGCUUGGGCUUGGAAAUUGUUAAGCAACUCUCUGAGAACUCGUUUCCUAAGCAGCAUAUCUUUGCUACCUGUCGUGACCCAGACGGGCCGAAGUCUGAGGCGUUGAGAGAACUGGUGAAAAAACAUCCAAGUGUCAUAACUAUCAUACGUCUCGAUGCUGAUAAUCCAUCCAGCGUCAAAGAGUCUGCCAAGAAAGUGGGAUCUCUGCUGGGAAACAGCGGUUUGAACCUGCUUGUGAAUAAUGCUGGAAUCGUGGCGAAUGGCACCAUUCAGACCAGCAGUGUUGAAGACAUGAAAAACACCUUCAACACCAACGUGAUAGGACCCUUAUUAAUCAUUAGGGAGUUUCUACCAUAUCUACAAAUGGCAGCGAAAGCGAGCGGGACACCAGGCAUGUCCAGUAAUAAAGCAGCCGUUGUCAAUAUCUCCACCGUGGCGGGAUCCAUGACCAGAAUGCCUUCCAUAUACAACCAAUUCCAAACGUUGCCAUAUGGAGUGAGCAAGGCAGGUUUCAACAUGCUGACUGUGUUAGCUGCUGAGGAGUUUAAGGCGGAUGAGAUCCUCUGCAUGGCCCUUCACCCAGGAUGGGUGAAAACAGAUCUGGGUGGAGAUGAUGCAACACUUGAACCAAAAGAAAGUGUGGAGGGGAUGCUGCGGGUCAUUGACAGUCUUACUGAGAAACAGCACGGUGCAUUCCUGGACUACUCUGGAGAAACUAUUCCCUGGUGAACCAGAAGAACAAAACCUCUCCCAAGUCUUUGCUCCAAAACGCCAUAUUUUAUCAAAGGGCAUAUUCAGUCAUUAUCACUUAAACGGAUAGUUCACUCAGUACUGAAAACCUCAUAUAGGUUUGACUUGAGGGUGUGUAAAUGAUGACAAAAUAUACAUUUUUGGGGGGUGAACUAUAUCUUUAAUGUCAGGCCAGAAGGUUUUACGAGAGACACAUGACAAUUGCAUAUUGGUUAGGAUUUUAUACUGUAUACAAUAAAACACUUAAUGAAGGA